AUGUCAGACCCUAAUAUCAGAAAAAGCAAAGACUCUUUAAAGCUUAACAAAUUUAAUACAUUUUAGAUUACAGAGUCUAAGUUUUUAGAUUCUUAAGCUAAGGGAAAGAAGUUGAUUUUUAAACAUUUUAGAAAUGCGUUUAUAUUAGGUGCCAUAACUGAGUUCAUUAUUAUAAAUACAAGAAUAUAUGACAAUAUUAUACAAAAAAGUACUACAAGAAGACUAGAGGCUAAAAAGAAGGAAGACGACAAUUUAGCAGAAAGAAAAUAGCUUAUGUUACAAAAAAAUACUCAAAAUAGUUAGUAGGUAGCUUAAUGA